CGUAGUGUGCCCAGCUCUCCGCAACAGCUGUUUUGGUUUGUGUUGCACAAUGCGGCAACCGGUCGGCAAUUUAAGUUCAUCGUUAAUUAAACGCUUUCUGCAUGUACAAAAUGCUGUGCAACACGCCAAACAGCAACCGAACAACCUCAAGGGCAGAAGCAAAAGUUCCCAGGACUGGCUGACCCGGCAGCUGGCCGAUCCGUAUGUGGAGAAGGCUCGCAUGCUAAAUUAUCGAUGUCGCAGCGCCUUCAAGCUGCUCGAAAUGGAUGAUAAAUACAAAAUAUUGAAACCAGGCGAUCUGGUUCUGGAUUGCGGUGCAGCGCCAGGCAGUUGGACCCAAGUGGCUGUUGAGCGCACCAAUGCCAAUGGCAAAAUAGAGCGUGCGCCGCGUGGCGCAGUCUACAGCAUAGAUCUCUUGCAUUUUCAUGCAGUUCCCGGUGCGACAAUCUUUGGCGGCAUGGAUUUCACAGCGCCGCUUGCGCAGCAGCGUCUGCGCGAAUCACUGGCCGAUCGCAAAGUGAACUGUGUGCUCUCCGACAUGGCGCCGAAUGCGACGGGUGUCCGUAUGCUCGACCAGGAGAGCAUUACGAAUCUGUGCUACGAGGUCUUGAGGUUCGCCUUGGCCAUGUCUGCGCCGCAUGCCAAUUUGGUGGUCAAGAUCUGGGACAAUGGAGAUGUGCCCAAAUUGGAGCGUGACAUUUUGUCCUACUAUGAGAAAGUUAAGCGAGUGAAACCACGCGCCAGUCGUGGCGAUUCAGCGGAACAUUUCUUGUUGGCGCGUGGUUUUAAGGGCUCCUAGUUAUAAGUAAGAUUUAAAGCAAUAAUGUAAUAAAUAUAAUUUGAUAUA